UGCGCACAGCAUCUCCCGAUGAUGGUUAAUAUAGCAGUGUCAGAUGAGCAAGAACAUACUAUACUAACUGUGUGUGGAAACAUUACACCGUCGUUUAUGUCCAACAAAAUAUUGUUAUUAUAGAAAGAAGGAUUUUUUGUUGUUGCGAUGAACAGUUUAGAGAUCAACAACGUGUCAAUAUGGGAUGACGAGCGUAUUUGGCACUUCGCUUGGAACAGCCGGUGCACCAUGUUUUGGGCAUGGAAUUAUGAUUAUGUGCUUUUGCUAACAAGAAUACCAGAUGUACCGAAAUAAGAUAUGUGUUGUUCAUAGAAUGUCCUCAAUUUGUUUGUGGAAGAAGGUAUGGCUGGUUCUCAUCACAUUCAACAAGACGUUCCGCGACUCCUGCAUAAACUUCUCUUCGUGUUCUCCCUUGCUGUGGUUUGCGCGUCGCUGUACUUCAUUCUCUCCGGCUGCUGUGAUUUUAUUUUAGUGGAUACUGCGAAACAUUUGAAGCAAACCUCUCAACUUUUACCUUUGACUGAGCUGUUCCAAAGGAAGAAUGCCUCAUUUGAGAAGAGGGCUACAGAUGUCGGUGUGCGCUCAGCAUCCCUCGUCAGCAGCGCAGGUGCGACAGGUGCAGUUGGUGCGCAAUCAGCCAAUGUUGGUAAGGACUGGACCGCAGCAAGGAGACUACCUCAAGCAAUCAUCAUAGGGGUGAAAAAGGGCGGAACACGAGCUCUUUUGGAAUUCCUAAGACUUCAUCCUGACAUUCGAGCACUUGGCUCUGAACCCCACUUUUUCGACAGACAUUACUCACGUGGGUUGAAUUGGUACAGGAACCUGAUGCCCAAAGCUCUGGAGGGCCAGGUGGUCCUGGAGAAGACACCCAGGUACUUUGUGACGGCGGAUAGCCCCGGCCUGAUCCACGCCAUGUCCCAGGAGGUCAAACUGAUCGUGGUGGUGCGUGACCCUGUGACCCGCGCCAUCUCUGACUACACCCAGAUCAUAUCCAAGACUCCGGGCGUUCCCAGCUUCGAGACCCUGACGUUCCAUAACGGGACGGAGGCGUUGAAGGUGGACUCCCUGUGGAGCCCCAUCUGGAUUGGCCUGUAUGCUCUACACCUGGAGAGGUGGCUGGCCCACUUCCCCUUGGAGCAGAUCCACUUUGUCCAUGGGGAGAGGCUGGUGAGCGACCCUGCAGGGGAGCUGGGCAGAGUCCAAGACUUUCUGGGCCUUCAGAGGAUCAUCACAGACAAACACUUCUACUUCAACAAGACAAAGGGUUUCCCCUGCCUGAAGAAGCCAGAGGGCAGCAGCAAGCCCCACUGCCUGGGCAGAACUAAGGGCAGGCCACAUGCUGACAUCCACCCUCAGGUCAUCCUCAGGUUACAUCAGUUCUACCAGCCACACAACCUGCGCUUCUACCAGAUGACAGGGCAGGACUUUGGCUGGUAGGAUGGGAGCCUACAAUGAGGUGGAAAAAAGAUAAAAGUGACAGCGACAUCCACGGUCGGAAAGCAGGUCCUCAGAAGUCUGUGAACUUACCCUUUACUCCACUAGAUGGCAGUCCUUCACCAACAGAGGCUUAGACGGUAUUGUCGAAGUACUGUAAACUACUUGGGCAAAUG